AUGGACACCCGAUUCCCCAAACGGUUCUUGUCAGACCUGGCCGCCAGGGCACACCCUUACAUCGACCGAGCCAGUUCACACCUCCAAGAACCGGCCCAACACUGCUCGUCGGUCUUGAAGGCAGCCGAACAGGAACUUCGCAUUCUCUCUCAAAGACCCUCGUUCCAAAAAGAGAUUGCCUUCUUCUUCUUUGCCUUGUUGCUAUGUGCCAUCGUUGCCAUUUCACGCCAUCUAUACCUUCGCCAUUUGAAUUCCCCUACCACCACCAGACCAUCAACUCCAUCCACGGUCGAAAAGGCACCGUACACGAAACCCGCCACCUCAGCCCGCCAACCAGGAACAUGGCCACCAUCAUCAUUCAAACGACCCACCCCACCACCCUACCCCAACUGGUCGAUCGAAACGACCAAACCACUCCCCUACCGACCCUUCCGAUACGGCCCAAAAUACUUCAUCACCAUGGGCUUGAGGAAUGUGAAAUGGGAAGACUGGAUCGAACUAGACAACCAAUAUCCCCGCUACCACUCCGACAAGCAACGACGGAUUCUCGAACGCGGCUCCAAAUGCUGCAGAACCGCCCCCGAAGCAUAUCCCGCUGCGGUAGAACUACUCGAAGAACUGCGCGAAUACCUCUGUGACCGAUACCCAACCCUCUACCAACGCACCUCCAAAGGAAUCAAAAACCUCUGGUCGGGGGAGGAACUAGACACGACAUCGCGCCCAUUGCCCGAAGACCCAAUGCAAACAUGCGGCCGCCUAACACAGGACGAUUUGGCCAUCAUGAUCGAACGGCCCGACGGCCAGUAUUACUUGCUUGCCGGGUCGAUCCUGUUAGCUGGCUUUUGGCGCCUGGAGGACAAAUACGGCAUGCCACUGUCUGAAAUCCACACGAGCGGCGACGUACCCCAGUUCCGCGAGAAGCUGGAAAAAGGAAUGAUGAACUUUUUCAGGAGACUUAAGCCGGAGGAAUUGGUUGCUCGCAACAAUUAUUUCCUGCAGGUCGAUGAUAAUCUCGCUUGGUCGCAUUCGAUUGGAUCCGAGGAUUCAGAUGGCAUCAGCUGGAACACGGCGGAGAAGGAUCGAGCGAUCCAGCAUCAUUAUUUCCGCUCUGAGCGCCAGACGUUGCGGCGGUUGCCCAAGAGCGGUGGUGUCGUGUUUACGAUUCGUACUUAUUUUUUGCCGGUUACCGAGAUUGCGGAGGAGGAUUAUGUUCCUGGACGGUUGGCUAGUGCUGUGAGGUCCUGGGGUGAUGAUGUGAGUCGGUAUAAGGGGAAGGAGAAGUAUGGUGAUGUCUUGUUGGAGUACCUUGACAAAAAACAUCAGGAGCAGAUUGAUAGAGGGUUGGAUUUGGAUAAGGAGGAUGAGAAGAGGAGUUAUCCGUGGUGA